AUGGGUCUCCUCUCAUACCUCGGCUUGACCUCCUCCACCCCUCCCCCACCAAAGACCACAGCACCAGACCGAUCCGAACGUGCCAAAUGCUGGGAAUCUCGUGAUCUAUUCUUCACCUGUCUAGAUAAACAUGAUAUCCUCGAUAGCAUCAAGGACUCCGAACUUGCGAAUAAAAAUUGUGGUAGCGAGCUUAAGUUGUUCGAUAGGGAUUGCGCUAGUAGUUGGGUCGAAUACUUCAAAAAACGUCGAGUACAGGAACAUAAAAAAGCCAAGUUACUAGAGCAAAUGGAAGCAGAAGGUGGACAGCCACUAAACGCCGUGGCGGUGGCAGCGGAUCAGAUAUCGAAGAAGUAA